CUUCCCUCGGGAGAAGUCAAAACUGUGAUUUUUUGAUAAAGCCUUUCUGGUUUGUUAAGUCUUCACACUUUGAAGUUUGUGUGUGUGUACUAAAGCGGUGAAUGACGUCAUUUUAUUGAAGAGGAAGGAAGAAACGAAAGAACGAAGAAUUUUGUCUACAGGGGGUCCCAAACUAAACUUUGAAUUAUCGCUAUCACACAGGGGAAGUGGUUUUCACCUUCGCGAGUAGUCUAAUUGCUAAAGGAAUUGAAAACCUUCCCGCGGGCAACUUUAGCAAUGGUGUAUGCAACGAUAUGUCUAAUAGCACUCGCCUUGCUAGUAUUAGUACUGAUGAUAGUAAAUGUGAAUGAGAUUAAGAGGCAAACGAAAUCUAGAGCAACUGCACUUCUCUUCAUUGUGUUAUUCCCCUUCAUUUUGGUCGGAGUAGCAUUUUCAGCUGUAAUUUACGUACUCCUGCUCCUAUACCGGGAGAUAGUACUAACAGCCAUCCUGAAGGAGGAAUGCGGAGAUGAUUUUUUCUGUUUAGUGAGUGGUUUAGACGUGUUUAACGCAACUCAAUCGAUGAAGAGGAGCACCAUCAUUGGAUUAAUGGUGUGCGAAAUUGACUCAAACAGCAGCCCUAAGACGGUGAUGGAGUACGUCCAGGAUGUUAUUAGGGCUCAGUUGAGAAAAAAUAGAAGCCAUCUUGGCAAGCUGUUUACUAAGCCCAAGAUGUUUUCAGGAUAUCUAUACCUGGAAAGGGUGGAACUUGAGCACGAAACUUGCAUUCGUCAUUUGCCGACGGUCGAUGGUGAACUGGACGUGGAAGCCCUCAACGGAUUGAUCGGUCGAUGGUGUUACGAACCGUUCAACGGGCCACUACUAUGGGACAUUUCCGUUGGAACGCAACCGCUCAAAUGGCGAAACGAGGGUACUAGCAAUAUCAAGCAUUACCCAAUCGUGAUACGGGUGCAUCACCUCAUUGCUGACGGGAUCUCAAUUUUGAAACUCGUUGUGGGUGUGCUUGGUGAUAAGUCAAACCACCCUAAAAUAUCCACAUUUGAGAAGUACAUCGACGCCGAAAAGUUUGUGUGGCUUACAACGUUUCGACGUGUAAUCCAAGCGAUUAGGAUAAUUUUGUUUUUCCCCGUCUGCCUAUUUUCCAUUGUGGUAUUGAAGUCGUGCGUAGGCAAUGAGGUCCACGGAAAGGAACUCGAAUUUCAAGAGCACUGUGCGGUUGCGCUGGAUCCUAACGGACAGUACCUCGAGAAAGUAAAGACAAUACGAAAACGUAGCGGAGCCACAAUUCCAGAAAUAAUCUUGACCGUAAUCAGUGAAAGUCUAAAGGCUCAUUUUUUGAAGUACAACAACUAUCCAAGCCACACUACUUUGGUGCUGCCGAUAGUUUCAAAUUACUCCGAACUGCUGAAUAUGCGACCAGGCGAAGUGAAUAUUGAAGACAUCCAGUUUAAUAACAGAUAUGUGGUGGUAAGCGUCAAGGUGCCGACAUUCAUUGGAGCUGAAGAUUACAAUCCUGCCACGCCAAUAUUAAGUAAGCUGAAUGUCGUGAAGAGAUUAAUCAACACUCUAAAGGUGUCCACUGAAGCUGAGGUAAUGUGUUUUUACCUCCUUUUUACUAGUAUCAGCCUUCAGGUGUCCGCGAUCAUCUUCAGUCAUUUUUUUGGUGUGCUUCCGAUUUCUUGGGUACGCCACAUAUGUCAAUACAUUCAUGCAACGGCCGGCAUUAGUCUGAUUCCUGGACCGCCAAAGAUGACUUACGGCGAUGGUCACAUUAAAGUGUGCGAAUUUGUAUUUUGGCUGCCACAUAUGUUGGACAUCGGCUUGACGAUUGGAUCGUUGUCUUACGACAACCGGCUGAUAUUGUCGUUGAAUUGUGAUGCCGUUUAUAUUUCCGAACGUACAGAGGUUCAGGAACUGCUGGACAGUAUUUACAGACACAUAAAUUUGCUGGAAGAAGAAUUACAGGUCGUAGACGGUGGAGGAGAAUUGAAGUAG